CUUCGACAUUUAUGCAAGAAAAAAGCCUAUAUAUGUGCUCACUUCUGCAAGCCUCUGUCCAUAGACUCACAGCUACAGCCUACAGAGCAACAACAACAGAGCAGCAGCCCAUAUCCCCACUUCCCAACCUCCCUUUCCCCUCCUUCUGUUGUUGCUUUCUGGGGAGGUGUGGGGCGUGCGGCUUUCCUUCUUCUUACUUAUACUCAUCUUCAUUUAUCUUCCCUCCAUUCCCAUUCUCACCUUUGCAAAAGAUUAUCAUCAAUGGCGGUUCUCUUUGUGGCGGUUCUGGUUCUUCUGUUGCUCGUCCUCUGUUUAUCCUCUGCUCUACUGUUGAGGUGGAAUGAGGUCAGGUUCAGCAAGAAGAAGGGUUUGCCCCCUGGCACCAUGGGUUGGCCCAUUUUUGGAGAAACCACCGAGUUCCUCAAGCAAGGCCCUAACUUCAUGAAGAACCAACGAGCAAGGUAUGGGAGUUUUUUCAAGUCCCACAUUCUAGGCUGCCCGACAGUGGUAUCGAUGGAUCCAGAUGUGAACAGGUACAUACUGAUGAAUGAAGGGAAAGGGUUGGUUCCAGGUUACCCACAGUCGAUGCUUGACAUCUUGGGGAAAUGCAACAUUGCAGCGGUUCAUGGCUCCACACACAAGUACAUGAGGGGUGCUCUACUUUCCCUAAUUAGUCCCACCAUGAUCAGGCACCACUUGCUGCCGACAAUUGACCAUUUCAUAAGAACCCAUCUCUGCAAUUGGGAUUCACAAAUCAUUGACAUUCAGCUGAAAACCAAGGAGAUGGCAUUGCUUUCCUCACUUAAGCAGAUAGUUGGGCCCGAAUCUGGGUCGAUCUCGGGGGCGUUCAUGCCCGAGUUCUUCAAGCUUGUUUUGGGCACGUUGUCGCUCCCUAUCGACGUUCCUGGAACCAGCUAUCGACGCGGGUUCCAGGCUAGGAAGAGCAUCGUGAGCAUUCUCAGGCAGCUGAUAGUGAAGAGGAAGGAAUCCAAGGAGUCUCACUUGGACAUGCUUGGUUACUUGAUGAACACUGAAGAGAGCAAUAGGUACAAGUUGAGUGAUGACGAGAUUAUCGAUCAGGUUAUCACGAUCUUGUACUCGGGGUAUGAAACGGUAUCGACUACUUCGAUGAUGGCUAUUAAGUAUCUCCAUGAUCACCCUAAAGUUCUUCAGCAACUUAGAGAAGAGCAUCUAGCAAUUAGAGCUAGAAAGAAGCCAGAGGAUCCACUUGACAUGGAUGACCUUAAGUCGAUGCGUUUUACCCGGGCGGUGAUAUUUGAGACCUCAAGGUUGGCUACAAUAGUUAAUGGGGUAUUAAGGAAGACAACUCAAGAAAUGGAAAUAAAUGGUGAGCUACUACUAUUCAAGUGUAAUGUCAACUUUAGAUUCUAUUUGCUUUUUUGGUGAUUUGUGAUCCCAAAAGGGUGGAGAAUCUAUGUCUAUACAAGAGAGAUGAACUAUGAUCCAUGCUUAUAUCCUGACCCAUUUUCCUUCAACCCAUGGAGAUGGCUGGAUAAGAGUUUGGAAUCUCAGAACUAUCUCUUCAUAUUUGGAGGGGGUACAAGGCAGUGCCCAGGGAAGGAACUAGGCAUAGCAGAAAUCUCAACAUUUCUACACUACUUUGUGACUAGAUACAGGUGGGAAGAAGUUGGAGGGGACACACUAAUGAAGUUUCCAAGAGUUGAAGCCCCAAAUGGGCUGCAUGUUAGGGUUUCUCAUCUAAACUAAUCAAAACCUUACCCUUUCCACGUGUAUAUAAGAGAUGAGGGGGGGGAGAGAGAGAGAGAGAGCUAAUGUAGCAGAAAGAGGGAGAAGGAAGGAGGUUGUACAUGAUCAUGUCCUAACCAGGUUAGAAAGUACAAUGGAAAACUCAGAAUUUCCUUUUUUUUUGGAUCUACAAAUUGGUACCGUGGAACUUGUUCUUGGCCCUACAUUGAUUUUUUUUUCUUCCAAUCUCAAAGUUGCCUUCGAAUUACCUUGGCUAUGUUUGGUAAAUUGAGGGAAGAAUGAGAGAGUAACAUGAUGAGUGAUUGCCAUGUUCUUGAAUCAACUAAGGUCGAACAUUUAAUCACUAUUCAUGGAAAUGGAUCUUUUAGUGAACAAUUGUUCAUUCAUAACAAGGG